AUGAGUCAGCGUCCGAGCAGAGCUGCAGCUCAAUAAUAUCUGAUGAUUUAUCAAUGGAAGCAUUUCUCCCUUGAUGAAGAGGAGUGCAUAUUUUGAAACAUAUUUUUUUUAACUGGGGUUGACUUGUUUCUAAAUGCACCAUGGAUCAGUUUCGUGGUUUAUUUUCUAAACUGGAUCAAAACGAUGAUGGAUUCGUUUCAGUGUCGGAGCUCCAAGACGAAAUGAGGAAGCAUGGGAUCCUCUCAGCUGAUGGAAAGGUCCAGAAUAUCAUUGAAUCUUAUGACAAAAACAAAGAUGGCCUGUUGGAUUAUAAAGAGUUCCUCGGUUACAUGAUGGACAGAGAGAGGAAAUGGAAAAUCCACUUUCAUGACCUUGACAAGAACAAGUGUGGGGUGAUUGACCAGGAGGACAUCAUAUGUUUGUUUAAGGAGUUAGGAGUGGUCAUAUCAAAGCCGAAUGCAAAAAAAAUUAUUCAAAUGAUGGAUAAGGACAGCUCCAUGACGGUGGACUGGGCUGAGUUUCUGCACCACGUCAUCCUCAACCCUGUGGACAACAUAGGGGAGCUGGUGUCGUCAUGGAAACACAGUAUGGUUUUCGAUGUGGGCGAGAGUCGUGCCAUGCCCAUCGAGUUCCCCGAGGAGGCGUCGGGCUUUGGGGCGUGGAGGACGUUUGUUCUGGCAGCAGGUCUGGCUGAUGCUGUGUCCCGAACUGUGACGGCCCCCAUCGACCGCCUGAAGACACAACUGCAGGUUCAUGGAUCCAAAGCCUUCUCUCAGGGCUUUUCGGAGAUGAGGGCUGGUGGUCUGCGGUCGAUGUGGCAAGGCAACGCCGUCAACGUGCUGAAAGGAACACCACAGUCUACGCUCCAGUGUCUUAUCUACGCCCAGAUGAAGGCGUACACGCAGAGCAGCACGCAGCAGACUCUGACGGUGCAGCAGCGCUUCGGGUUGGGCUGUGUGUCCGGGGCCGUCGCCCACGCUGCCUUCUACCCUUUAGAGGUGCUGAAGGUGAGGUUGAACCUGCAGCAGGCCGGCACCUACCACGGUGUUGUGGCAUGCGCUCGAUCGAUCUACAGAAACGAGUCGCUGUCCUCCUUCUACAGAGGAUUCAAGCCCAGCGUCCUCUGCAUGAUCCCCUAUGCAGGCGUGGAGUGUGCAGUUCAUCAGUCGAUCAUGAACUGGGCAAGGAAUCAUCCCACCUACAACAGCGACUCCAAACUGUUUUUCUUCAGUUUUGUGGCCUUUGCUUCUGGACAAAUUACCAGUUACCCGCUGGCUGUGAUCCGAACUCAGCAGCAAGCACAAGCUUUCAGCCAAGAUUCUCGUCAAGCUUCAGGUGUACUACAAGGACUUUUAGGGAUAUAUGAAAGAGGAGGAAUUAGAGGAUAUUAUAAUGGGAUGGGAGCCAGCUUCGUCAGAGCUAUUCCAUGUGCUUUGAUAAACUACACUUUAACUAGAACAUUUGAAGAUCUGGUUUCCUAAACAGAGUCUUAGCAUAGAUCGUGAUCACUCCAGAAAACAACGGCACUAAAAACUGUGAACUCUUAAUAAAGUUAACAGAAUGUACAAAAGCAACUUGAAUCUUGGAAGAACCAGAAGAAUGGAUGAACCAAUGGAUCAUCAUGUGAUUCAAUCUUGAAUACUCUUUUUUUUUUAUUGAAUCUUGAGUUAACUCAAUGGUUUACCAAAGACACAGAGCUUAUGACAUACAUUUUUUAAAUGCAUGGUUGACUAGAAAUCCAAAAUGUGAAAAAGUGUAUUAAUUUUCUGCUUGAGGCUAUGGCGUGUAAAUGCGUGUGGCCUGUAAAUAAAAUGUUAUUUC